UCGUAAUAGAAACAUCGGGGGUCGGUCGUGGGAAACUGCUUGCAACGUGCUUCUUACUCGGAACUUUUCACCGGAUCACUUCGAGUCUUGGUGGUGACAUGUCCAUCUCGGCGAAACCGACGGCAGGCAAAACAUACACCACUUUCGUACCAAUGAGAGGUAGAGGUCAACAAGUGCCAUGAAAAGAUAACGAACUUGGGGGGAGCCAAGCUGAUGGUUGGGGGUCACGAAGCCAAUCAGCUGAGAUGAAAUCCCCGCGCCGCUGACAAUGGAUGUCGUAUGCCAAGUUCUUGGAGGAAGGGUGGCGCAACUGGGACGUCCGGACCAACGAACACAGCGUAAUUACAUACAUACACGUUUGUGUCAAGGUUAGUAACGGGAUAAGGACGGUGCGAGGACCAAGACCACGCCAGACUGACUGGCGCCUUGGAAGCGUCGGCUUUGCUUUCAUUUCUAGAAGGUCGGCACAUGCUCAAGCUCAACACCCUGGCAACCUCCACGAGGCAUCCCUGUGCUUGUGCAUUAACACAAGCAUUUCAGAGGGACGAAAAGAAGGGGGAAAAGAAGAAGAAGAAGAAGAAGAAGAAGAAGAAGAAGAAGAAGAAGAAGAAGAAGAAGAAGAAAAGACGAAGACUGAAGACCACGACAAUGACGAAAAUGAAUGCGAGCCUCAACUAACCAAUGCCCUGCGAGCUGGUCUUGGCUUGGACGAGGUUGCUGCUGUGCGUGCCGCUUCCGGAACUCACCGUCAUGCCAAUCCACAUCUUGCCGAGCUAUGCAAUUCAGCCCCCCCCCCCCCGUACUUCGGGAAGCUCGUUUAGUAACGAGGCACACAACGUGUAUACCAACAGGACGCUUGGCUGGGCGGAGUUGUGUCUACUAUGAUUAUGAUUAGGUACGUUGUAUGGCCUCGAUCAACCUCCGUUGGAUGAUCCGCUUCCCAAUCGACCUUCUGUUCUCGGACGAGGAGAUUCGCUUACCCCGGCCAAGGUGGACCAGUGCAUAACGUUGUAGGUAUUACAUGCGCGUCUGCCUCUGCAGGGUCUGUCUGUCUCCAAGACGA